AUGACUAGCAAAAUGCGAGUCUGGACUUCUGCCUUCGCCAUCCAAUUCUUUUCAGGCGAUGAGUUGAGCGAGAGUAGCGCGACCACCCAGAUCGCUCCACCCGCCGACAACGUGUCGGCAACCGAGCCCCUACGGACCUUACAGCGUCUCGUGGGAUCCAAAUAUGCUGUUUCCCACAUCACAGCAUCGACUCUCAAGACCUAUCGAGCCAUACCAAGCCAAGUAGAGCAGAGCCGGGCCGAGCCGAGCCGUGACCACCAACUCGUGCUCUAUUUUGUUGCUAUUCGUACUUGA